CACGGGGAUAGCGCAGACAUCAACCCUCAAAGAGAUCCUAGUGUUAAUCUACGCACCGCAUCGCAUAAGCCGAAGAAGCGGUUAACGAAGAAGAUGGCUUAUAAGAAGCCGUCUUCCUCAGAAGCAUUGAAACAGCCACGCGAGAACCAUAACUUGGCUGAGAAGCGAUACCGGAGCCGGCUGAAGAACCAUUUCGAAAAGCACAUCGUGGCGCUCGAGGAAGGCUUUGAGGCGAUGUCUAAGGAGCGGGACCGGCUACUGAGGGGUAUCGCUCUAAUGCACGAAUUCCCACAUCAAUAGUGAAGAGUCACUAGCUGGCCAAGAGCUACCGUAUAUCUAUUGCCUUGUAAUAUUUCUAUAAUGUUUCUAUAA